AUGUUAUUUCCUUGGGUAGCGAAGGCCAACAUGAUGCUACACUCGAGUCUUUUCACCAGUAUCAUAAUCUCGGGUAUCUUUUAUCUUACCGUGUUCUCAGUUGGACAUGCGUCUCCAAUCCUUAAUUCCGAUCUUCGCGGGGCAAGAUCAACAUUGUCCCCCAGGGCUGGAACCGAGGCCAAAGAACCGGUCUUGAUUCGUCGAAACCAAAGCGCACCUGGAAGCGAGAAAGAUAGUGCGACGGGGACCAAGAAGUUAUCGAAGACCAAACAACAGAGGAAUGAGGCUCCCCUUUCGGAUGUGAUUCCCAAGGACCCCAACGGGUUCUUCCAUCCAGCUUCGUUAAACCGAUUCAAGUCCAGCAUAGCUUCCUUCAAGGCUUGGCAACACCUCAACUUCUUACCCGAUGCCGCCACACUCGCUCGAACCAAGGCUCAAGACGUGGCCUCAGAAAUCGACUAUUUCAUCGAUAAAAUUUCCACUGAGCAUCGCCCUGAUAAACGGGAGGAGAAACCGUCCAUGCCGCAUUUGAAAUCGUAA